CACAAAAACAAAUACGGCGGAUAGAUAAGAAUAUCUACCAAAACUAAAACACAGACAAGUAUUGAGUCUGCUGUAAGACUAGCUACAGAACUGCUCAUAUUGAUACAAAAAAGUGCUUGCUUGCAGUGAGUCAUGAAAAAAAGAAUGCAGUUGAAGCAGUCUCAUGACACUUACAAGACGAGUAUGGUGUCAAAUCUUCUUUCAAAACUAAGACACAGGGCAGCAGAUUUUUAAAAUGUUUUCUAUUGCCGCUAACGAGUCAAACAACAUAUCUGCUACAGAUCAAACUCUUGGUAUUUAUUCGCGGCACAAACAGCAACUUUGAAAUCAUAGAGAAGUUAGUAGUUUUUUAUGAGCAAGCCUUAUACCGCCACUGGCAAAGAACUGUUUAUUAAAGAAGUUUCAGCCAUCACAAAGGCUACUCUAACUUGCUGUCUCAUCUAUGUAGCCAGCUGAGAAGAAGUUGUAUUCAGAUAAAAUUAUCAUUAAUUGUUAUCUAGAUAAACUUUUAGGGAGAAACACAUUGAGAAACAAAAUUAGAUUCAGCAAAUGAAUUGAGCAGUGGCCUUGAUCGCUCGAGCUUACCAACCUGGCAAGUAGAAAUCAAAAUACUGCAGCUAUUUCCAAGCAACACUCAGCAUGACGCUUAUCUAGACAACGUGAUACACUCAGCAUGACGCUUAUCUAGACAACGUGAUACAAUGUGGUCGUUGUGCAUUCACUGAAAACUUUUCAUUAUUAAAAACACUAACAUUUAAAUAAAAUAAAAUUGACAUAAUUGGAUUGUAUUUUAUUCACCAAAGAAUCUUGGAGUUGGGAUUUUCCUACUUUCUACAGAAAUCCGCUCAAUCCGAUGGGCAACAAAAACGAAACCAACAAAUACCGAGAUCUGAAAGAUAAUGGCAAAAUUGAGGAAGAAACCACUUUUGAACUCAAUGAUUUAUGCUCAUUACAUACCGCUGGUAUUGCAACUAAAAGUUGAAGGUUUCUGGACUUGAGCUAGUUGUCAAUUAUUGAAACAAUUUCAGAGGACAACAUUCAGCACUUUGAAGUUUGAACAACUAGAUCUAUAUUGCACAUCCAAUUUCAGUAUUUAUUUCUAAUAUGGAUUUUUCUAGUGCAGCACAAAAGUUAUGGAAUGAUGGCAUGGCAGUUAUAGAAAACUUCAUUAAUGAAGAAGACUUAAUAGCUAUGAGAAACCGAAUGCAGGAUAUAGUGGAAAAUGUGAACCCAAAGGAACACCAGACAGUUUUCUCAGCUACUAACCAGCCACGCAAUGAUUAUUUCAUGAAAAGUGGGGACAACAUUUCUUUUUUCUUUGAGGAAGAGGCGCUGGAUAAAGAGGGGAAUUUGAUAGUGGAUAAAAUGUUCUCCAUAAACAAAGUAGGGCAUGCUCUACAUUGCUUUGAUCCUGUGUUUGCCAGAGUUUCACAAAGGGAACCAGUCAAGGAAGUGCUUAGGGCUGUUGGCUUUAUUGAUCCAGUUGUAUUUCAGAGUAUGUACAUAUUUAAGCAACCAAGAAUAGGUGGUGUGGUUCUGCCUCAUCAAGACUCAACUUACCUGAACACCACUCCUAAAAGACUGAUUGGACUGUGGAUUCCCCUGGAAGAUGCUACCAAAGAAAAUGGAUGCCUGUGGUAUAUUCCUGGCUCACACAAAAACGGUGUGGACAGAUACAUGAUCAGAACAGAAGGUGACAAUCCCACUGUGACGUUCACAAGCCCACCUGUACAGUAUGAUGAUAACCAGUUUGUGCCUGCUGAGGUGAAGGCAGGCUCAUGUGUACUGAUACAUGGAGAAGUUGUUCAUAAAAGUGAUGCCAACAGAUCAGACAAAUCCAGACAUGCCUACACCUUGCAUGUGUUUGAUAAUCAUGGGGUUGAAUACAGUAAACUUAAUUGGCUUCAACCAACUGAGAAAGGAACAUUUAUUCACUUGUUGGAUCAGUCAGCUUCUUAAACCAACUGAAGUGCCAGACUUCAUAGGUCAGUGUUGACAACAUGUUACUACUCUACAUUACAUCAGUCCACAUUGCUACUCAACAGUAUUUUGUGAUAAAGAAUCAUUUUGGUUUGUGUAGUUUUUCAGAACUAAACAAAAAAUAUUUUAGUUUUUCCAACUGUACAUGGUAGCAAGUUAAUAUCCACUUGGUUAUUGCGUACCUUUAAGCUUACCUUUCAAUAGCUAUAGAUUAUUUGGAUUGUUUCAUUCAUCUAGAGCAUAAAUGAUGUUUGCAUUCCUACACUAUAUAUGCAUGUUUUUACUUUAAUGUUGAGAUAUUUUUAAUAUGUAUUCAGGGAUGUAAUUUUCUUACUUUUUUCAUAUUCAUUUGUAUUUUAUAACCAGGUAUUUACAUUGAAAAUAAUAGAAACUUUUGUUUUUAAAAGGUUCUCCAAGGGGGUUAAUCAUUAAUUCAUUUGAAACUAUAUUAUCCAUUAGACCCCAAAAAGUGAAUAUUCAUGUAAUUGUAUUAAUAGAUUCAGUGAGUUUAAAAGGAAAACAACCCAAAAUGUCAAUGCUCUCAAACUUUAGAGAAAUGAAUCUAAAAACUAGAACCAUGUCACUAAACCAGAGCCAUUGUUUCUUCUGUUAUAGGUCUGUACAGAAAAAAAAAAAGCUUGGGAUAACUAAAUUUGAAAGUUAAGACUACUUGAUGUUUUAUUUCUUAGAUAGGGAUGACAGUAAAAGUUGGGCAGAUAUUUUGUUGUCAAUGUCUCUGUAAAACUAAUUAGGGUAAAGUCCUAAUUGAUUUGCAUUUAUCAAUAUUUUCUGUUUAUUUGAGGCAUGAUGUUUUUGCAUGCUAUUAAUAUAUAUAUAGAUCUAUAUAAUGUGUAUUAGAAGAAUAUACUUACUUUUUUGUACUUACUGUCAGGGUAUUGAAGCCAUCAACUACAAAAUCUUCAUAUCUAUGUCAUCCUUAGUGGCCAUUCUUUUUUGGUCUGUGACAUCAUGGAGGCUCCAAAAUUGUGUGUGUGUGGUUAUGGUGUUAUAGUGCAAGUAUGUAUAUAUAAUGGAUGGGGUCUGGGAUGUUUGUUUGUGUUUGUCCCUAUUAUGCUGGUAAUGUGUUAUUGAAACAUUUUUUUAGUGAUUCUAGACCUAGUACUUCCACACUUGCAUACUACACAAGUAGUUGAGAACACAGAACACAAGUGCUAAUUGAAACCGUAUAACUUUAAGUUUAGAAACUUGAUUGGAAGAAUAAAUAGGCACAAUACAUUCUUCAAACACAAUGACAGACUAUUACAUAUGUAAGAAAUACAUACCAACAAUAUUGAAAUAGAAUGCAAAUUAAAACUAUCCUGGCCCUCAUAUACUCUGCUAGAUAUAUACAAGAAGGUAUUCAGAUAUCUAAAAAGGAAAGGAAGCAGAUCUGAAUAUUCUGAGUUAUUUUUAGCAUGGUGAAAAAGAUGAUUGCAUGCCAGAAUGUGUCUUUGAAUUUCUUAGUCAUUAUAAAAAGAAAAAAGUAUAGGGUAAUAAUACAAUGUUUGGAAUGAGUCUUUAUCCAGGGAAAUAUUUUGAAACAUAAAUCAUAAAUACAAUAUACAGCUGCCUUCUAUGUGUCAUGAACAUAAGAAUGUAGUAUAUGUUUCAAAAAUGUCUACAAGAAAACACACACAAAGGUAUGACAUUGAUAUAAUAACAUAUAAUAAAAAUUUAGUUUGAAGUUUCAUUUGAUCAGCUCAUGCUUAAAUUUUCAUUACAAAAUUAUAACCAACAAAGUGUUAUUUCAUCUCAUACUUUACAAAUACAAGAAAAAAAUUAGUUUUGUUUUUAAAAGUUCCAUGCAUAGCCUUCUCUGACUGCUUAUUUUUAGUGAUGGGCAAAAGUUAACUAAAAAGUUGCUAACUUUUAGUUUAACUAAAAAAAAUUUGUUAAGGCCAAAGUUUAAUUUUAAAAAAAAAGUUUAGUUAAAAUCCUAGUUUAACUAUUUUUUAUUAGUUACAAACUAAAAAGUUUAAUUACAAAUUUUACAAACUUUUUUAACAUACAUACCAAUAAAUAUUUAGAUCUAUGUAAUUUGGAGAAUGUAUAUAGAGGAUAAUAAAGAGGAGAAUAGGCCUAAACAAGAGGGUGCACAGGUCACUAGAAAGCCUUUUGGCCUUUACCCUAUAAUUGUCGCUAUUCCCGCCAAUUCAAGGUAUUUGAAAGGCAAGAAAAAUAAACGUGUUCAUUAUAUUUCUAGCAAGUUUCGCUCCUUGAUAAAUCCUGAUAAUUCCUUGCUUCUAUAGAUCUACAUUUUGAUUUUUUAUUAAGUGUGUUCCUGUAUAGCUGCAGGCAAAGAAUUUUGCUUUACUAUAGAUCUAAAAGAAAUGUCGACUCUUUUUAUUUUAAAACUUUUUACUAGAUAUAUCUAGUGACGUCUAGUCUAUUAGUAUUAGUCUAUUAUUACUACUAUUAGAUCUAUAGUCAUAAUAGUCUAUAUUUAAUUAUUUUAGUCUCUUAGUCGUAAGUAGAGUCACAACUCUUAGUAGUCUUAGUCUUAGAUCUAGAUGUAAAUUUAAAAUUAUAAGUCAAUAAUAUAGAUCUAUUAAUUGAAAUCUAUAUAUUACUUUACUUUAUUAGACUAGAUCUAUAAUCUAUUAGUUUAGAGAUUCUACUAUUCUAGAAUUAGAGUCUAGAUUAGAUCUAUAUAUAUCUAGAAUCUAGAUUACUUAUUAUACUAAGAUGCAUAGAUGAUAGAUCUAUAAUAACUAUAAUACAAUACUAAUAAUAGUCGUCACUAUACUAGAUCUAAUACUAAAUUAACUAAAUCUACACUAGAUCUACAUCUACUUAUUAUAAUUAUAGGCCUACUUAUAUCUACUAUCUAUAGAUCUAUAAAUGUAUUAGAUCUAGAUCUAGUAUUAUCUACUAGAGGCACUAGAAUAUAUAGAUCUAAAUAUAACCCAUAUCUAGUUCUAAUCAUAAUUAUAAUAAUCUAAAAUCUCUAGAUCUAGAGUUACUAAGAUUUCUACUAGACUCUAUCUAGAUUUUAGAUCUAGUAGUAGUAAUAGUAACUAGUAUUUCUUAGAUUAUUUUUAGAUUAAAAUAUUAAUUAUUUGAUCUAGGUCUAGUAGCUAGAUUAAUUCUAGAUCCAGAUUAUAUUUCUGAUCAUUUCGUUUGUAGAAGAUACUGAUCCAGAAUAUUCUAGAAUCUAGAGUUAGUUAGAGAGUCAACAUGCAGUUUUAUCAUUUCUUCUAAAGGUAACUUAGAAUAUUAGAACUUGGACAAUUAGGCCUACUUCUAAUUUCUUUCUAUAAGUAUCAUUCUAGUGGUUCUAUUAAGAUCUACAUCUAUCCCAUAAAGACAUUUAAAUCUUUUUCAUGUGCACAAAUAAAUGUUUAUUACAUUUUGCUAAAGUUAAAGAGAUUCGUUGUGCUUUAUAUUUUUCAUGUUUGGCUGUUUCGUCCUUAAAAAAGGUCAAAAUAGUUAGUAAAAGUUUAACUAAAGUUUCUUAGUUUAGUUUAACUAAUUUUUUCAAUUUGUGAUUAACUAAAAGUUUAAUUACUUUUUUUUAGUUCAAACUUAGUUUUAGUUUAACUAAAAAAAAUUAGUUUAGUUCCCAUCACUACUUAUUUUGUUUGGAAAGGGGAAACAGUAUAAGAAUAGGUUAGAAAGACAGUAUGAGAAUAGGUUAGAAAGACAGUAUGAGAAUAGGUUAGAAAGACAGUAUAAGAAUAGGUUAGAAAGACAGUAUGAGAAUAGGUUAGAAAGACAGUAUGAGAAUAGGUUAGAAAGACAGUAUGAGAAUAGGUUAGAAAGACAGUAUGAGAAUAGGUUAGAAAGACAGUAUGAGAAUAGGUUAGAAAGACAGUAUGAGAAUAGGUUAGAAAGACAGUAUGAGAAUAGGUUAGAAAGACAGUAUGAGAAUAGGUUAGAAAGACAGUAUAAGAAUAGGUUAGAAAGACAGUAUCAGAAUAGGUUAUCAAUAAUUUUAUAUAUAAUUUACCUUAGUUGCUACUUUUUUAUACUAAUUAUGUAAAUCUAAAUGUCUCGACAAAAAAGGCCUGUUCCCUCCCACCUGUGUGGGUUGGAGAAUUGCCUUUAUCGCCCCUCCACACUUCAUUUUGAUCUUCCAGUGACUUUAGGUCACAUAACCUUAGCUUGUUCUUUCUUUCAAUUUAGAAGCUAACUGAUUGAUUGGCACAUGCUUUUAAUGAGUUUGUUUUGUUGUUGUUUUAUAGUAAUUAAUGUAAUUCACUUUAUAACAUUUUAAUAGCUUGCCAAGUUUUUAAUGUCUGCAAAUAAUUUUACUUUGGUUCCAGGGCUAAUGCAAUUGUUUUGUUAAAAAGUAUUACAGCGGUCAAAUAUUAGUUGUUUAUUUAUGAUAAUUGUGCACAAAUGUAUUUUUUUUUACAAUUAUACUUAUUUUUAGUUCAAUAUUCCUAUUUAUGUUCAGAUACAAAUGAACACUUAUUGUAUAUACAAAUAAACAAUAAUUGGAUUUUUCUUUUAUCUAUUAUUAAAGUUGUUUUGAAAUAUUCUGAAGUAUAUAUUUACAUAUUAUACUGAAGUUUUAUUACAAAAAAUUUAAAGUUAAUAAAUAUAAUGUUCGACUUUAA